GAAAGAUGGCUUGUCAUUUAAAAUAUAAAACUCGUAAACUUUUUUGGUUUUUUACUCUCGUUAUCUGUCUGACACAUUAUCUAUACAAUUUUAGAAUAAAAAAAAAAAAUUGUUGUGACAUGUGCAAAGCUGUUAUUUGUGGACUACGUGGACUAUCUGACCAUGUGAAUGCUAGACGUCACAACUCGACUCAAGUGCGGCUGAACAGGCUAAAACCCCAUAUCAUACUAAUUAUUAUAAUUUAUUUUUGUUAAACACGUUGUUCCAAAGAAUAAUAACCACAUUUUAUUUACGUACAUUCAAAAAAACUGUAUAUUAUCAAAAACUUUAAAUCAAAUUUUUAAAAUUUAGUAUUUGACAUUAGAAUUAUUCAUCGGAUUUUUGUUUUUUUGACCGGAAACAAGAAAAAUAAUAGAAAAUGGAAACUGGAAUCAUCUCUGAAGAAAGCGACUUAGACAGAGCAUUACACGAUUUCAAAAAUAAUAGAAGCAACUAUGUUUAUAUUGGUACUGAUAAAAUCCACGUUUUUUCAAGUGAACCUGAAGUUAAAGAUGUUGUAAAUAAUAAUUUUGAUGAUUCCAAGAUUUGUUUGCAUAAAACACUGGAAUUGUUUUGUAUGCGCGUGUUUAACAUGCAUUCACUACUGGUUAGCGAUCUACGACUCCAAAAAAUAUGCACAGAUAAGCAGAAUCAUUUCAUUGCGUCACACUAUAAAUCAUAUAAAUUUAAUAAGGGUAAAGCUCAUUCAGACAAUGAAUUACAUGAAAAAGAAAAUGAUUUCAAAUACCUAAUUAAUCUUUGUGGAUCUCUAUUGAAGGCUCUUAAUGUAGAAGCAUAUCCUUUUUCAAAAAUAAUGCCAUUCAUUAAUACUAAUUGUCCUAAUCUUAAUGAACUUGUAUUACAAUUUAAAAAAAUUGAAGAUCAAGAUUUUAAAAAUGUUUUUUCUAACUUGUCUCAUCUUGAAGUACUGAAGAUUAAUUGGCAAUGUGAAAAUUCAAAUGUACCAUUGACUUUGGUCAAGUCAUUAGAACAAGUUGGUGGAACCUUGAAAGAGUUAUGUCUUUCACGUAAUGAAAAUCAAAAUUAUCUCUGCUUACCAGAUUCAUUGGCUUACGUACUACCUCAAUUAAUAAAUUUAAAAAAGUUGAAUAUAAUUAAUUUUGAACCGAGCCAGUCAUUACUCCAGUCGAUAAGUGAAAUAAAAAAUUUGGUACAUCUAAGAUUCAUGUGUUCUUGGCUGGACAAUCAUCCAGUGUUUGAUGAACAAAUCAAUAUGUAUCCAAUUGGGAAUUUGCAAAAUCUCGAGACUUUAUAUAUUAAUUACAAUUGUGGCGUUACAGAUGAAUUUUUAGUUAAUCUUUGUAACAAUGCUAAAAAAUUGAAGCAUUUAAAUAUUAUUGGUAAAAAUAUAACAGAUAAUGGUAUGAUUGCACUUAAUAAUUUAAAAGAAUUAGAAUCACUCCAAUUUAAUUUGAAUGAAUCAGAAAAUAAUGAGUUUAUAACAGACCAAUCAAUACAAUGUUUAGUCAAUGAAAAAUUAGAAUACUUGCAUUUAUCCCAUUGCAUUAAAAUCACUAAUAGAUCAGUACUUAAACUUUUUACAAAUUUACCAAAUUUAAAUAUUCUAUAUGUUAGAAAUACACACGUAACUUUUGAAAGAAGAGAAGAGUGUAUGUAUAUAUAUAGAAAAGACGGUGAAGGCAAAAAUGAUCAGACAGACGGUCGAGGCCAAAAACCAGGCAAAAUAUCCACCGGGGCAGGUGCAAUGUUGCCUGAGGACUAA